GUUGACGUUCACCCCUCAAACGGGCUCAGAGGAACUUUUUUCCAGGCGUCCAGCAAACUCUUCCAGCGGGGAAGUGACUUUUUCCGUUCUGAGCUCUCCUUUGUUUGGUGUUCUCUCCCGUGAGCUGGAACUUUUUUCACCGUUCUUGACAAUGGAAACUCUGAGCGCUGGGAUCUGUCUGUUUCUCUGAGGGCUCGUUUUUUCGCUUUUUGCAUGGGGCAAAAUUGCAUCCUGCACAAACCAACAAGGAGCACUUUGGCAGUUGUAAAGGGGCAACUUCUGGAUUGUGUUUGACUUUGUUUGGCUUUUCUUCUCCAGUUUGUGGAUUACGCACAAUGCUGUAGCGCUGGGGGGAAAGGGUCCCAGAGUGGAUGCAUCUGGCUGCAGGGAUCUGUCCGAGAAAGGUGGGCUGGGACUUGCACUUAUGGCGUCUUCACGCAGGACUUUGGCCGGGUUUCACCUGCUGCUCUUCACGCUGUGGACCUCCUCUCCGUGCUCCUCGUCCUCGCAAGUCCGCCAAGAGUUUCAGGUGCUGGAGGAGCAGCCGGUUGGCACGUACGUGGGCACGGUGGAGACGAGGCCGGGCUUCACGUACCGCUUCAGCGAGACUCACCGGCUGUUCGCCAUCAACGCCACAACCGGCGUGGUCUACACGUCGUCCGUGAUCGACCGCGAGUCGCUGCCCAGCAGCGUGAUCAACAUAGUGGUGCUGUCCAGCCAGCCCACCUACCCGACGGAGGUGCGGAUCGUCGUGCUGGACAUCAACGACAACUCGCCCGUCUUCCCGGACGCCUCGAUCGUCGUGUCGUUCAAGGAGGACGCGACGAGCGGCCGGCAGGUCAUCCUGGACACGGCCACGGACGCGGACAUCGGCAGCAACGGUGUGGACCACACCACGUACAGGAUAGUGCACGGCAACGAGCAGAGAAAGUUUCGUCUGGACAUCACGGUGAACCCCAGCGGCGAGGGCGCGUUUCUGCACUUAGUGACCACGGGGGGCUUGGAUAGAGAGCUGACGCCUUUCUACCAGCUCCUCAUCGAAGUGGAGGAUAAAGGGGAGCCUAAAAAAUACGGCUACCUGCAGGUGAACGUCACCAUUCAGGAUAUUAACGACAACCCACCCGCGUUUGACUUGGAUCAGUAUCAGACUAGUGUGUUUGAGGAUGCAGCCAUAGGAUCCAGUGUUUUACAGAUAACAGCCUCAGACCAGGAUGAGGGGGCCAACGCAGACAUCAGGUACUUUUUAGAUGAAGGAACUCCUUUCCAAAUAGACCCUAAAGCAGGUACUAUAAUAAUUAAAGAGGCUUUAGACUAUGAAGUUAAGAAGGAAUAUUCUCUUACUGUCCACGCUGUAGACAAUGGAGUGCCCUCUCUCUCAGGCAGGACAGAAGCAACUAUUAAACUUCUCGAUGUGAAUGAUAAUGACCCUGUGGUUAAAUUUCGAUAUUUUCCCACCACCUCCAAGUUUGCCUCUGUGGAUGAGAACGCACAGAUUGGAACAGUGGUAGCAUUACUGACCGUGUCAGACUCAGAUUCCUCCACAGCUAAUGGUAAUAUAUCUGUUUCCAUACUUGGGGGAAAUGAGCAAGGCCACUUUGAAGUGCACACCUCCCCCGUUCCUAACCUGAGCUUAAUUAAAGUGGCUAGUGUACUAGACAGAGAGCGCAUAUCCUCUUAUAACCUCACUGUGUCUGUUUCUGACGACGGUAAGCCAGUAGCUCGGUCCUCGUUCGCUAGCCUCGUCAUAUUUGUGAAUGACAUUAAUGACCACCCGCCCAUAUUCCAGGAAGCAGUGUAUAGGGUGGACAUUAGUGAAGAUGUACCCAAAGGCAGCUAUAUUAAAGGAGUCUCAGCCACUGAUGGUGACUCUGGGCAGAACGCUAACCUGCGCUACUCACUAGUGUCAGGGAACAGCCUGGGCUGGUUUGCCAUUAGCGAGAACAGCGGCCUGGUCACCAGUGCUGCGGCGCUUGACAGGGAAACGGCGUCUGAGAUUGUGCUGAACAUCAGUGCGAAAGACCAGGGACUGCAGCCCAAAAUUUCUUACACCAAACUGAUCGUGAACAUCACCGAUGUGAAUGACCAGGUCCCCACGUUCACACAGAGCACUUACCACGUGGCGCUGGUUGAACACUCGCCAGCCGGUAGCGAACUGCUACUACUGUCCGCCACAGACUCGGACCUUGGUGCCAAUGGCACGGUGCGCUUCACCUUCGACCCAGAGACACCAGCUAACGUGCAGGAGCUGUUCCGGCUAGAUGCGGUCACGGGGAGGAUAAGUACUGCUACUGAGCUAGAUAGAGAAGACCAGGGUUCCUACCUGCUGUAUGUUAAAGCUACUGAUGCAGGUUCUCCGCCUUUACACUCUGUUGCUAAAGUCAACGUCACGCUAAAAGACAUUAAUGACAAUCGGCCAGUGUUUUACCCUGUGCAGUAUUUCGCUAACGUUAAAGAGAAUGAGCCGCCAGGUUCUUAUGUCACUACCGUAUCUGCCUCCGAUCCUGACUUGGGGCGAAAUGGCACGGUCAGAUACACCAUCACAGCUGGCGAUACGUCCAAAUUCCACAUCAACAGCAACACUGGUAAAAUCACCACCCAGGUGCUUCUCGACAGAGAGGAGAAAACAACCUACCAGCUGCAGGUCUCAGCCACAGAUGGAGGAGAGCUGCGCUCUCACACACAUGCCAUCAUCACUAUCACUGUGGUUGACACUCAGGAUAACCCCCCCAUCUUCGGUCAGAAGGAAUAUAGCUUUGUGAUGUUUGAGAAUGUACCCCCUAAUGCUGUGAUAGGAACAGUGUCUGCCACUACAGUUGACCUGAACACUAAUAUCACCUACCUGAUAGCAUCAGGAGAUCAAAGAGGCCUGUUUGCUGUUAAUGGUGGCACAGGGCAAAUAACAGCCAUCAGCUUGAUAGACAGAGAAGAACAGGCAUUUUACCAGCUUAAAGUGAUAGCCAGAGGUGGGGACAUCACAGGUGAAGCUUUAGUAAACAUCACAGUGAAGGAUCUGAAUGACAACGCUCCACAUUUUCUCCAUGCUGUGGAACAUCUGAGUGCUGUGGAGAACUGGAACACAGGACAUCACAUUUCCCAGGUUAAAGCCUUUGAUCCAGAUGAAGGCACUAAUGGCAUGAUAGUGUACAGCCUCCGACAAAAUCCCAAAGGAUUGUUUCAUAUACACGAGAAACAUGGUCUCAUCACACUCACUGGCCCUUUAGAGGUCUCCACCAGCUCGUACCAGGUGGAGGUUGUGGCCUCGGACCUCGGUAUCCCCCAGCGCACUUCCACACUCAUUUUGACGGUCAGCGUGUAUGAUGUCAACGACAAUGCUCCUGUAUUUGACCAGCUUUCUUAUGAGGUUGUCAUCCUGGAGUCGGAGCCUGUGAACAGUCGCUUCUUCAAGGUGGAGGCCACUGACAAAGACUCUGGGCUAAAUGGAGAAAUAGUUUAUGACAUCACAGCCGGGAACACUAAUGAUGUUUUUGGAAUCUUCCCUGAUGGACAGUUGUAUAUUAAGGCAGACCUGGACAGAGAAGUGCAGGACAGGUACAGUCUUCUACUGGUAGCAAGGGACAGAGCUGUAGAACCACUGAGUGCGAGUGUUAAUGUGACCAUCAUUCUAGAUGAUGUCAAUGAUAACCGUCCUCUUUUCAAUAGCACAAACUAUGUGUUCCGUUUUGAAGAAGAGCAACCGCGUGGUUCUCUGGUCGGACGUGUUUUCACUGAAGAUAAAGACUUUGGUCCAAACAGUGAAGUAAGGUAUGCUUUUGAAACACCUCAGCCAAACUUUGAGCUGAAUGCCAUCACUGGAGAGUUGACCAGCACACUUCAGUUGGACAGGGAAUCUCUGAUGAGGCAGCGAGGUGCGGCUGUGUUCACCUUCACAGUCAUCUCAUCUGAUCAGGGCCUUCCCAAGCCUCUCAAAGACCAAGCCAAAGUGCAGGUUUAUAUUCAGGACAUUAAUGACAAUGCACCCAAAUUCAACAAGGACAUUUACCAGGCCUCAAUCUCAGAGUCAGCACAGAACAUGACACAGCUGCUGAGGGUUUCUGCCUCAGAUGUGGAUGAGAACAAAAACGGACUGGUGCGCUAUCAUAUCACAGAGGGUAAUGAGGAGAACCAGUUUAGCAUUGACAGCAGUUCUGGUCAGGUCACAUUGGUGGGAAAGUUGGACUAUGAAGCAACAUCCUCUUACUCUCUGAAGAUCAUAGCUGAAGAUUCUGGUGCUGUCCCUCUGUCCUCUUCCUGCCUGCUAAGUGUUAGUGUUCUAGAUGAGAAUGAUAACUCCCCAUCCUUCCCUAAGUCCACCAUGGCAGUAGAUGUUCUUGAGAACAUGAGAAUUGGAGAACUAGUGGCAUCUAUUACAGCAACAGACUCAGAUUCAGGUUCUAAUGCUGACAUAAUGUAUAGCAUCAUGGCUAACAACAACCAUGGCACUUUCAGUAUUAGCCCCAGUACUGGCAGCAUUUUCCUUGUCAGAAAGCUGGACUAUGAAACUCAGUCUGUCUACAAACUCAACAUCACUGCCAAGGACAAUGGCAGGCCACCCAGAUCCUCCUCCAUCCCUCUUGUUAUUCACGUGCGAGAUUUCAAUGACAAUCCCCCUGUUUUCACCCCAGGUGAUAUUUUUAAGUCCAUCCCUGAAAACCUUCCCCUUUCGACCUCCAUUAUGACCAUUACAGCUCAUGACACAGAUGCAGACAUUAAUGGGCAGCUGGAGUACUCCAUUGUCCAGCAGAUGCCUAGAGGAAGCCAUUUCCGUAUUGACCCUAUCACUGGGGUCAUCUUCACCAGCAGUGAGAUCGACCGAGAGUUCUCCAACAUGUUUGAGCUGACUGUCAAAGCAACAGAUCAAGCAGUUCCUGUCGAGUUCCGUCGGUUUGCUCUGAAAAAUGUCACAAUAUGGGUCACGGAUCAAAAUGAUAAUGUUCCUAACUUUAUCUCCCAGAAUGCCUUGGUGGCUGAAGCCAACAUCGUCAUUGGCUCAAUCCUUACAACGGUCGUGGCUUUUGACCCAGAUGAGGGUGCAAACGGAGAGGUGGAGUAUGAGCUGGCUAAAGGUGACUCAGACACCUUCAUCAUGGACAGGUAUAGUGGUGACAUACGAGUGGCCUCUCAGCUCAUCCCUUCAAAGCUAAUCUACAGCCUGACUGUUUCUGCCACCGACCAUGGCACAGAGCGCAAGAUGUCCAGGACAGAGCUGACCAUCAUCCUCCAGGGAACAGAUGGGCCAGUCUUCUCCCAGCCCAAGUACAUCACCAUUCUGAAGGAAGGGCAGCCCCCUGGCACCAACGUCAUAUCCUUGGACGCAUCCAGCCCUCGUGGCUCGGGGACCAAGGUGGAGUAUUUCAUCGUGUCUGUCCGGAGUGGCGGCAAGGCCGUAGGGAGGCUGUUCACUAUCGGGCGCCACACGGGCGUGAUCCAGACAGCAACAGAACUGGACAGAGAGCAGGGGGUGGACCUGUACCUACUGGACGUUUAUGCCAUAGAGACUGAGGCCAGCCAGCCCCGGACUCAGAAAGCUGAGGUGGAGAUCACCCUGCAGGACAUUAAUGACAACCCUCCAAUUUUUCCCACCGAUAUCCUUGAUGUGACCGUGCAGGAGAAUGUCGGUGAUGGCUUCAGGAUAAUGCAGCUAACAGCUACUGACGCUGACGAGGGUCCAAAUGCUCUGGUCACGUACACCAUCAUCAGUGGAGCGGACGACAGCUUUCGUAUUGACCCUGAGUCAGGUGAUCUCAUCGCCACAAAGCGAUUGGAUAGAGAGCGCCGGUCAAAGUACUCUCUCCUUGUGCGUGCGGACGAUGGGCAGCAGUCCUCUGACAUGCGGGUCAACAUCACUGUUAGCGACGUAAAUGAUCACACACCGAAGUUCUCUCGCUCUGUCUAUUCCUUCGAUAUCCCUGAAGACAUGGCGCCAGGCUCCAUUGUGGCGGCCAUUUUGGCCAGUGACUCAGACUCUGGCGUGAACGGGGAGAUCACCUACUCUCUAGAGGAAGAUGAUGAUGACUCCACCUUCCUCCUGAACCCAGUGACGGGUGUAUUUAACGUAACGCGCUCGUUGGACUAUGAGACGCAACAGUACUACAUCCUGACCGUGCGGGCGGUGGAUGGCGGAGGCCAGGCCAGCUCUGUCCGGGUCUACUUCAACGUUCUGGACGUUAACGAUAAUCGACCGGUGUUUAACGCCACUGUUUACAGCACGUCCAUCUUAGAGAACCUGACCCCAGGAUCUUCUGUGCUUGUGGUGGCGGCCAGCGAUGCUGACGAUGGUUCCAAUGCCCAGCUGUCCUACAGCAUAGCAUCAGGAGACCCUCAGGCCCACUUUGGGAUUACUAACUCAGGUGUCCUUCAAACCCGUAAACCUCUAGACCGUGAGAGUCAGUCCUUCUACAACCUUGUUAUCACCGUCAAUGACAUGGCCCCAUCUCCAGCCACUCGCUUCACCAGCACUGCCCAGGUAUCAGUCAUCCUUCUGGAUGUCAAUGACUGCCCACCAGUGUUCACCUCGCAGAAGAUGGCAUAUAUCCAGGAGAACACGGCAGUAGACACAGUGGUCUUCAAAGCACAGGCAACUGAUGCAGACAGUGGGCCCAACAGUUACGUGGAAUACUCAUUAGGGGGCUCGUACGGGAUAAAGUUCAGCAUCGACAACAUUGACGGAAGCGUGAGGCUCAUGGGUGAGCUGGAUCGUGAGGAGAUGGCCAAUUACACUCUGACUGUGAUCGCCACAGACAAAGGUCAACCGCCGCUGUCUUCCACCAUGGAGGUGACCAUGGUGGUGCUGGACGUGAACGACAACACACCAAGUUUCUCGCAGAACAUCUACGACAUCGAGAUUGAGGAGAACAUGCUUAGCGGAACCGAUGUCUUGCAGGUGUUCGCCAGCGACGCAGACGAAGGCACCAAUGGGCAGAUCCGCUUCUCCAUUGCUGCCGGCAAUGGGAACUCUGACUUCCGGAUUGACUCUGUGACGGGGGUGAUCUCCGUCGCCAAGUUGCUGGACCGGGAGACCCGGCCUUCAUACUCGCUGGUGGUUCAGGCUGCAGACCGUGGAAGCAGCCCCAGAGUCGAUCGUGCCACUGUGAACAUCGUGCUGCUGGAUGUUAAUGACUGUGCACCUGUGUUCGAGCUCUCACCAUACACAAUCAGAGUCCAGGAGAACCUGGAGAACCUACCCAAGAACAUCUUACAGGUUGUUGGGCGUGAUGAUGACUAUGGUCCAAAUGGGCAGCUGAGCUACAGUCUGAGCGGAGGGAACGACGAAGGUGCCUUCAGUCUGACGUCCAGUGGGCAGCUGAAACUAGUGCGGACACUUGACCGUGAGGCUCAGGACAGUUACAUCCUCAUCAUCACUGCCAUUGACUCAGGUUCUCCCUCUCUCAGUGGCUCAGCGACAGUGACAGUGCUGGUGGAUGAUGUGAAUGACAUGGUGCCAUUGUUCUCCUCCUCAUCCUUCCACACUUCUAUCCCAGAAGAUGCACCGACAGGAAGUGAUGUGCUGCUGGUCAAUGCCUCUGAUGCAGAUGUGGGCCACAAUGGAGUUAUUAGUUACAGUCUGAGCGGAGGAGAUGGGCAGUUCUCCAUAAAUCCAGCUACAGGGCAGAUCAUAACCAGUUCUCUGCUUGACCGGGAGACACGGAGCGACUACCAGCUGUUGGUGGUGGCAUCAGACGGUGGGCAGCCAACACCCCUCUCAAGCUCAGCUAUGGUGUCUGUGGUAGUGACCGACAUCAACGACAAUCCUCCACGAUUUCACCAUCACCCUUAUGUCACACACAUACCUGCCUCCACCUCCACUGGUUCACUAGUGUUUGCUGUAACGGUAACAGAUGAAGAUUCCGGCUCCAAUUCUCAGCUGCACUACUCUCUCAGUGGUCGAAAUUCUGAGAAGUUCAAGAUCGACCCAGUCCGAGGUGCCAUCACGGCCAGCGAAAAAUUGACUGGCAGUUCUGAAAUUACAUUUACAGUUCGUGUGAAAGAUGGGGGCAGCAACCCCAAAACAGACAGCACAACUGUGACCGUUAGGUUUGUGACAGGUGGGGACUUCCCUGUUAUCAAACUCAAAGACAAAAGCUUCACCUUCCCAGAAAAUCAAGCCAUUAACACUAUUGUCACAAAGGUUUCUGGCUCAUCUGCCAGGGCUGGGCCAUUGUCAUACUACAUUGCAAGUGGCAACUUGGACAAUGCGUUUCAUGUAGACCAGCUUUCAGGUGAGCUCUCCAUCAAAAAGCCUCUAGAUUAUGAAAAUAUUCAGAAGUAUGUCUUGUGGAUAGAGGCGAGGGAUCAAAGCUUUCCUCCAUACUCGGCCUAUGAGAAAAUUGAAAUUACAGUGUUGGAUGUUAAUGACAACAAUCCUGUUUUUGAGAAAGAGCCAUUCCAUGCUGAGAUUCUGGAGAACCUUUCCCCUCAGAGAGUGCUUGUGGUGUCCGCUCUUGAUCAGGACAGUGGCCCCAAUGGACAUCUGGAAUACACCAUCACUGAUGGAAACAAGGAAAACAGCUUCAGCAUUAAUCGUGCCACGGGAGAAAUCCGCACCACUCGACCUCUGGACAGGGAGAAAGUGUCUCGAUAUUCUCUGAGCGUGAAAGCGUCAGAUCGUGGUGCCCCACCAAGAAGCACCACAGUAAAAGUCAUCAUUAGUGUGCUGGAUGUGAAUGAUAAUGCUCCCAGAUUCUCCAAAAUAUUCAGUGCCACAGUGCCUGAGAAUGCUCCUAUGGGUUACACUGUCACCCGAGUGACAACUACCGACGAGGAUGUGGGUGCCAACUCUGUGAGCCGCUAUUCCAUUAGUGACACAAGUCUUCCCUUCAGCAUCAACCCUAGCACAGGAGACAUAACCAUCAGCAGGCCUCUCAACAGAGAGGAUACUGACCAUUACAUUGCCAAAGUCUCUGCUCAUGAUUCAGGCUGGACUGUCAGCACUGAUGUUACCAUAUUUGUGACGGAUAUAAAUGAUAAUGCCCCCAGAUUCAGCAAACCAUCCUACUACCUAGACUAUCCUGAACUGACAGAGAUUGGAUCAUUAGUCACCCAGGUCUCUGCCGCAGACCUUGAUGAAGGAUUCAAUGGUAAAAUAUUCUAUUUCAUUAGGUCUCAGUCUGAAUAUUUCCGCAUCAACUCAAGUACUGGAGAGAUCUUAAUCAAGCAGCAGCUGAAGUAUCAAAACUCAACUGGCCAUAGUAAUGCCAAUAUAAACAGGCAUAGUUUCAUUGUGACAGCAUCUGACAGAGGUGUCAAACCACUCAUGAGUGAAACCACUGUGAUUGUAAACAUAGUUGACAGCAAUGAUAAUCCACCUACAUUUGAAUCUUCCUCUUACUUCACCCCCGUCACUAAGAGCGUGAAAGUUGGUACCAAACUCAUCAAAGUCACAGCACAGGAUAAGAAAGACUUUGGUGUCAAUUCUGAAAUUGAAUAUAUAAUAUCUGGGGGCAAUAGUUCGAGUAAAUUUCGUUUGGAUAAACAGACUGGAUGGGUCACAGUUGCCUCUUCUCUCACUUCCGAUAUAAAUAAAGCUUACUUGCUUGAAAUAACAGCAAGGGAUAAAGGGAAUCCUCCUCUUUCAGAUAAAACCACUCUUAAGAUUGCUGUCACAGAAGAAAACCACCACACUCCAGAGUUUUCUCAAAGCCAGGUCACUGCCACAGUGUCAGAAAGCCUGACUGUGGGCACUGCAAUCCGAACUCUGUCUGCAAGGGAUAAAGAUAAGGACAAGCAAAUGAAUGGUCUCAUUACAUACAACAUCUCUUCAGGUAAUGAUGAUGGACUGUUUGCAAUCAACAGUAAAACAGGAGUCUUAUCUUUGGCAAAGACCUUGGAUUAUGAGAAAAAGCAAAAGCAUGAACUUAGAAUCUCAGCUACGGAUGGAGGAUGGAUUGCAAAGACCAGUUAUGUUACAGUUAACAUCCAUGUUACUGAUGUAAAUGAUAAUCCGCCUGUAUUUGAGCCUGAUGAAUAUUUUCCUGUUGUGCAGGAAAAUGUGCCGAGUGGCACAACUGUUGUGAAACUGAAUGCUACAGAUAAAGACUCCAGCCCCAAUGCUGUCAUGGCUUAUGUCAUUCAGUCCUCCGACAGUGACCUGUUUAUAAUAGAUCCCAACACAGGAGUUAUUACUACACAGGGUUUUCUUGACUAUGAAGCCAAACAAGUGUAUCAUUUGACAGUCAAAGCCUUCAAUGUGCCUGAUGAAGAACGCUGUAGCUUUGCAAAUGUCAAUAUUCAACUAAAAGGAGCCAAUGAAUACGUCCCCCGUUUUGUAUCAAAGCAAUACUACUUUGAGGUUUCAGAGGCUGCGCCCAAGGGCACCAUGGUUGGGGAGGUAUUUGCAAGUGAUAGAGACCUUGGAGAAGAUGGUGUUGUCUAUUACUUGAUUUUUGGCAGAAGCAGGAGAAAAGGUUUUGGCAUCAAUAAAAACACAGGCCAGAUCUAUGUCACAGGACCUAUAGAUCGUGAAAAAGAAGAAAAAAUCUCCUUAAAAGUUCUUGCCAAAAAUGCUGGAAGUAUUAGAGGGGCAGAUAUUGAUGAGGUGUUUGUGAACAUCACAAUCCUUGAUGCCAAUGAUCCUCCAGUUUUUACCCAAGAGCUGUAUGAUGUUCAGGUGAGUGAAGGGCUGUCACCUGGAGGUCUGGUCACCUUUGUCAGUGCCGAAGACUCUGACUCUGUGCCUAGCUGGAGCAGAUUCACCUACUCCAUCACUACUGAUCAUGAGAAAAACGCUUUCACUAUCAACCCACAGACUGGACAGGUGUCUGUAGCAGCUGAGCUGGAUCGUGAGACCACACCUGUGUACAACCUGACGCUGUUGGCUAUAGACUCAGGCUCACCUGCAGCCACAGGCACUGCCACCUUAAUUGUAACUCUAGAGGAUAUUAAUGAUAAUGGUCCCACCUUGCUCACAACAACUGGAGAGGUCAUGGAGAACCAGAGAGCAGGAAUGCCAGUAAUGACCUUGAGCUCCACUGAUCCAGAUCUGGCACCAAAUCAAGGACCUUUCUCUUACAGUCUUCUUUCAACUGGGUCAGCUGUGACUUACUUCACCUUAACCUCAUCUGGGGAACUUAGCACCAGUCGAGAGAUUGACCGAGAACAGAUCAGUGAUUUCUAUCUUUCUGUGGUCAUCAAGGACUCUGGUGUUCCUCAGAUGUCCUCCACAGGAACUGUACAUGUCAGAAUUAAUGACCAGAAUGAUAACCCUUCCCAGCCUCGCUCUGUUGAAAUCUUUGUUCAUUACUUUGGGAAUAUGUUUCCUGGAGGAUCCCUGGGGAUUGUGAAACCUCAAGAUCCAGAUAUACAGGACACAUUCCACUGCUCCUUGGUCCCUCCUGCUUCAGGUCUGUUUAGCAUACCCACAGGAACCUGCAACCUAAACUCAAACGCUCGAUCCACAGAUGGCACAUUUGAUCUAUCGGUGCGGAGCAACGAUGGUGUCCAUGCAGCUGUUAACAGCAAUGUUCGUGUCUUGUUCAUCGGAUUCAGUAAUGCUACAGUAGACAACAGCAUAUUGAUUCGGCUCAGUUCCCAAAGUGUCAGCAACUUCCUCACUGAUCACUACCUCAGCUUCUUGCAUAUUGCAAACUCACAGCUAGCAGGUUUGGGUACUGGGGUGCAGCUCUAUGGGGCAUUUGAGUUGAACAACCAGACUUUCCUCAUGGCAGCUGUCAAACGUGGUCAUGGACAGUAUGUGAACCCAAGUGGUGUAGCCACCUUUUUCCAAAGCAUAAAAGAGGUGCUGUACCGCCAAAGUGGAGUUAAAAUCGACUCUGUAGACCAUGACCCCUGCACUCACAACCCUUGCCAGAACGGUGGCAGCUGCAAACGGCGCCUUAGUGUUGGACCAGACAUGACGACAGUGGAAAGCGUCCCAGUAAUUCUUGUCUCAAAUCGCCCCCUACAGCCUUAUGUCUGUAACUGUAAACCUGGCUACACUGGUAGUCUAUGCGAAACAGAUAUCAACGAAUGUCUUCCAUCACCUUGCCACAAUGGAGGGACUUGCCAUAACCUUGUGGGAGGUUUUUCCUGUUCCUGUCCAGAAGGUUUCACCGGUAUGGCCUGUGAGAGAGAUGUCAACGAGUGUCUGUCCAAUCCAUGCAAGAAUGGGGCACUGUGCCAAAACUUCCCUGGGGGCUUCAAUUGCCUGUGUAAAUCCGGAUUUGCAGGGAAAACCUGUGAUUCCAUCAUCAAUUACUGUGAGUGUAACCCCUGUUUUAACGGAGGUUCCUGCCAGAGCCGUGUGGAAGGCUAUUACUGUCACUGUCCGUUUGGUGUAUUUGGAAAACACUGUGAACUGAACAGCUAUGGAUUCGAGGAGCUCUCUUACAUGGAGUUUCCAAGCCUGGACCCCAACAACAACUACAUCUACAUUAAGUUUGCCACUCUGAAGGAGAAUGCCCUGCUCAUGUACAACCAUGACAACCAGACUGGUGACAAGGCAGAGUUUCUGGCCUUGGAGAUCUAUGAGGGUAAAAUGAAGUUCUCCUUCAACCUGGGGAGUGGCACGUACAAAUUGAUGACCAUGGUUCGGGUUUCAGAUGGUCAGUUUCACACAAUAAUAGCCAGGAGAGCUGGAAUGGCUGCAUCGUUGACUGUUGAUCUGUGUGGUGAGGAUCAGGAACCAGGCUACUGUGCCGUCAGCAAUGUGGCCGUGCAUACUGACUGGAUACUGGACGUGCAGCCCAAUCGCUUAUCAGUAGGGGGUGUACGUUCCAUCGAGCCCCUCCUACAUCGUAGAGGUCAGGUGACCACUCACGACUUUGUGGGAUGCAUCAUGGAGUUCGCCAUCAACGGACGUCCGCUGGAACCAUCGCAAGCGCUCUCAUCUCACGGCAUCCUGGAUAGAUGUCCCAGGUUGGAAGGAGCAUGUGCUGCUAACCCUUGCCGGCACGGGGGCACCUGCCUGGACAUGUGGUCAUGGCAACAGUGCCAGUGUGCUGAGGGGCUGACUGGCAAAUACUGCGAGAAAUACAUCUCUGCAGACACUGCCUUGUCUCUGGAUGGUAGUGGGCGUUUGGACUACAGUGUCCGGCAGAGCUGGAAGAGGGACGUGUUGCUGGACAGAGCUCUUCAGAGAGCCUCACACAUGCACACUGAGAGCAGCAGUCUGGAGCUGAAGUUCCGCACACGCAGCAAAACGGGAACACUGCUACACGUCCAGGAAAGCUCCAACUACACCACUGUUAGGCUCAAGAAUGGCAACCUGCAGUAUGUUUCUGAUGCUGGAGUGGGUGGGAAGGUGGAGAGGACUGUAGGAGAUGUCCUUCUCUCUGAUGGUCUAUGGCAUACGCUGCUGCUGCAGAGGAAUGGCUCUUCCACCACCCUCCGCAUCGAUGAGUCCAGCCUACGAGUCAUCCUGCACACCACUCAGGACUUCGGAGGGGUAGAUGUCCUAACGCUGUCUUUGGGAGGAGUCCUGUCACGUCCCAGCCAGCAGAAAGCUUCACCAGGAUUCGAUGGCUGCUAUGCAUAUAUAAAGUAUAAUGGUGAGCUCCUCCCAUUCACCGGCGAGCACCAGAUUGUCUCCAUCUCUAAGACGGACCCAUCAGUGAAGAUCGGCUGCCGUGGCCCCAACAUGUGUGAGAGUGCCCCCUGCUGGGAUGGCAUGAUGUGCGUCAACCAGUGGUACAGCUACCAGUGUGUCCCUCCAGGAGACUGUGCCUCAAGCCCCUGCCAGAAUGGUGGCAGCUGUGUACCAGGCACCCGUGGAGGCUUCAGCUGUGUUUGUGAAGAGCUCUACACAGGACAGGUCUGCGAGAGCCUGGUGGCAUGUCUGGGUGUGACGUGCCCCCAAGGGAUGGUGUGUAAGGCAGGCGGAAAUGGAGGGUUCACCUGCAGUCCGGCUGUUACCAAUGAGGCACUUGUCUUGCCCAUCUGGGCAGUGCCAGCCAUUGUGGGCAGCUGUGCUACCGUGCUUGCCCUGGUGGUGCUCAGCCUCAUACUGCACAACCACUGCAAGGGAGGCAGCAAGACUACAGUGCCAAAGGAAGAGAAGAAGCCAAAGGAGAAGAAGAAGAAAAAGAAGAAGAAGAAGGGGAGUGAAAAUGUGGCAUUUGAUGAUCCUGACAAUAUCCCACCAUAUGGAGAUGACAUGACCGUCAGGAAGCAGCCAGAAGGGAAUCCCAAACCCGACAUCAUUGAACGAGAAAACCCAUACCUGAUUUAUGAUGAGACAGACAUCCCUCAGGUUGGAGAGGCAGUUCCCAGCGCCCCUUGUGCACCAUGUGGCAUCCCAGAGGCUGACAUUGAGCACUAUGACAUUGACAAUGCAAGCAGCAUUGCCCCAUCUGAUGCCGAUAUUGUCCAACACUACAAGCAGUUCCGCAGCCACACACCCAAGUUCAGCAUUCAGAGGCAUAGCCCGCUGGGUUAUGCCCGGCAGUCACCCUUACCUCUUGGGGCAUCUAGCUACACCUACCAGCCCACUUAUGCCCAAGGACUCCGCUCCACACCCUUAAGUCAUGCUGCCUGUCCUACGCCCAACCCACUUUCUCGCCACAGCCCAGCUCCUUUCUCCAAACCUGCAUCCUUUUACCGGAACACUCCAACACGGGAGCUUAACCUGGCCCGUCGGGAUGGAAGCCCUCUGGACUUGCACGGAGAUGCCUGCCAGCAGUUCAACUAUGCCACACGUCUUGGCCGUCGCAGCAAAAGUCCACAGACAAUGAUGGCUGGUCAUAGCUCUCGCCCAGGAAGUCGCCUGAAGCAGCCCAUAGAGCAGAUCCCGCUAGAGAGUGGGCCACCAGUUGGGCUCUCCAUAGAAGAAGUGGAGCGUCUUAACACUCCACGACCCAGGAACCCCAGCAUCUGCAGCGCCGAUCACGGUCGCUCGUCAUCUGAGGAAGAUUGCCGGCGCCCACUGUCCCGGGUCCGAAACCCUGCAGAUGGGAUCCCGGCACCGGAAUCUUCCUCUGAGAGUGACUCGCAUGACUCUUUCACUUGCUCAGAGAUGGAGUACGACCGGGAGAAGCCUGUUACCUACGGAUCCCGAGUGCCCAAGCUCUCGCAGGUCAAUGAGUCAGAUGCUGACGAUGAAGAUUAUGGGGGAAGGAUCAAACAGAGGCGGUAUUCCAGUCGACGGGCAGAGGGUGGUCCCACUGGAGGCCAUGCCCCUCUUGGGGAGCAUCAGCACCACACACUGCCCCAUAAGCUGGGCCAGGGGGCAGGUAACUUCAACUGGGACAGCCUGUUGAACUGGGGCCCAGGAUUCACCCACUACGUGGACGUUUUCAAAGACUUGGCCCUGCUUCCAGAAAACUCUACUGCUGCUAAUAAGGACAUUGAGAUGAACAGUGGGGAUGGAUCAGUCACCAUUAUUGCAGAAGGAGAGGCGGAGCAGUAUGUAUGAGACUGUGCCUCUUUUUCUGCGCUCUCUCACCAGCCAUGAAGGGGUGGACUAUGGGCAGAGAGGAGACGAGCAUUAGCAAUAAUAAAUGUGUCAGUCCUUUACCUUUUUUCUUUUCUUUUUGGAACAAGACGAGCUUAAAUGCGGUAAGGCAGAGCGAUAUACCUGUGACGAUUCUCCUUAUCUCCCUCCUGUUCAGAGCAGCAGACUUGCAAAGCAUCCCAUAGAGUAAUUGGUCCCUUGUAGAUGUUAAUAAUCCCAAACCUUCAAGAAUUUCACAGAUGUCCAUGAAGUCCUAGAGGUUUGCACAGUGAUCUGUAGACUUUAAUUUACAUUCUUCCAUAUAGUAGAAAGCCAGGGGGGGGACUGUGUGGUUGUUUUAAGAGUAUGGCCAUGUGAACUUAAUCAGACAGAUCUUUCCUCAUUCCAGCUAAAACCUCCAUGCUCAGAUUUAAAGGCUCUCUGUCUGACCUGCAGUGGGUGUGGUAAGAUCAGAGAUAAUGCUAAUGUUGUCACAGUAUCACUAUGAGGCCAGCUUAGCCGAAGCCCUGGCCUUGAUUUCCUGUGUGAGAGAGUGUGUAUGUAUAUGUGGUUUGCUUGUACCUGCAAGUGUCUGUGACGACCGUCUACAUAACAGCAGCCAGACUGACAUGGAAAGCUCACUUCUUGCCCUUGUGCUGACCACCAUUCCUCUUGUUGCAAACUGUCUCUGAAAAAACCUGGCUGAAGACUCAACAAAUCCUAGCACGACCGAGCCUCUGCAGUACAUUUAUUUAAGGACUUUCCUGGGUGAUGAGAUAAGCUCUCUGGGACUCUUUGCUUGGGUGGGGCUGAAUUGUAGAAUACAAAUAUGAUGUUGCUGUACCAGGCCUGGCAACAUAAUGAUCCUGUCUGUUACGAGCCACUUUUAGUGACAUUUGACUCCAGCUAAAACAAAACCACCUGAACCCUAAAAGACAUUGAACUCAUGUACAUUUUGUAUCAAUGAAGGAAACCUUGGAAUUCAGUGUUCUCUGUUGUUUUUUUUGUUUUGUUUUUGUUUUUUUGUAAUGUACUGUUUCUACUUUUUUACUGUUUAUUAACUUAAAGUACUUAAGCCGUGUUUUUAUGGAUAUUUUUCAUAUGCUGGAAUUUAUGCUCUUACUUUCAGGGGAAGUAAGAUUGAAGUACUUAUUUUUUACAUUUGUUACUUAUGUAACAUCAGUAUUUUCCACUUUUUUGAUAAAACUAUAACAUACUGUAUGCUUUAUACGUGUAAGAGCCAAUAACAGAAUAAAAAAAAUAUUUAUUUAAAAGAUGCAAUUUCAAGACUAAUGCAAUAAUGCCUAACAAAAUUAAGAGUUAACAUAAUAACAUGGUGCUUUCUGAAGGGCCUAUUCCUAAAAUACCCACUGGUUAAACAUGGCACAGAAAUCCCAGCAGCAUUCCGUCUACUGUGGACAAUCAGAUAUUCUGCCAUCUGCAUGUUCACUUUGGGGAGAGUUUAAAUAAAACUUUGGAUGAACUGAA